AUGAUCCCAACCUCAUCAAGGCUGCGAACCAGUCAACCGCGACGACGAGAUACGUCGCAAAUAUAUAUCAGGGAGUCAAAGGUGUUUCCCGCUGCAGAGGGAAAAGUUCAAGCGAUCCAAGCUCUCGAAGCUUGCCCCCUCGAGUGGACGUGCUUCCUGACAGGGCUUCUCUCUGACUACCUUGUUAUGCCUCAUGGCAAGUCGUACAUGACACUCUUGGUCGUCCUGGUUGACAUGGUUCACAACGUGGCUGCCAUUCUAGGCUCAGGCUCAGUAUCUGUUGUAUUGACGUAUAGCUUCGACAUUCCCAAGUUCGUGAUCCGAGCUCUCGCCCUUGAUCACUGGGAAAAGGAGAUGUACAUCAUCAGGGACAGGAUAACUCUCAAUGAAGUCGUGGCUCUGGCAGAGAAAUUCAAGGCAUCUAAAUUUAGUGUCACGCACGAUUAUAUGUACAGUCUUCAAGCUGGUAGGGUCACCGAGCUCCUGUCGCAUGAGGCGUAUUACCCUUAUUUUCCAAAGGAGCAAAUGCAGGGUCUGUUGGCUUUCUUCGGCGUCAUGUGGAAAUCGGGGAAAUGCAGUCUUGAACCUGCCCACACCCUCAAUCAGAGGUUUCCCGAUAUAGAGACGACCAACGUUCGUGCGUUGUUGGAAUCUGCAUGGAAGGGGAUCUAA